AUGAUCCCUGUCGCAUCGUCACUCGCUCAUUCGAUUGGUACGACACACCGUCGUCGUUUUGACCUACCCCAAAUGUGUGUGUGUCUCUCUCUCUCUCUCUGCAUCUCUCGGAAGGGACCAAGAAAGGAUACGGUGUGUUGAGAAUGAAUUUCAGGGCGCAAACUUGCUCAUUUUCAGGUAUCGCUCAAGGAUAUGUCGCUGUGUAUCGAUUGGAAUGGAUGGUCGGCGCAGCGACGAGAAGAUUGGAGACUCGGCAACAACGAAGUCAGGUACGUAGUUCAACUAGACCAUCUUGAGUGGUUUCAAGUUACGUUCUAUUACAUAAAUCCAAAAGAGAUGUGCAAUUUCAGAGAACUUGCGAAGGAAACAACACAUUAAUUGUUGGGCAGUCGGAUCGUUUCCACAGAAACAAAGAUAUGAAGUCUAAUCGGUAGGUCACACAUGACUAUUAUGAGGCUGAUUGAUUGUCCCUGGUCCCACCUCCGUAUGUAAACUCCCUAACCUCCAGCAUUAUUCAUCAGUUCGUCUGAUUCAGAUUCAGUUCUCUUUCAACUUUUCAGACCCCAAUCAAUCGAUCAGCACGCGGAUGUGGGGAAGUUGGACGGAUCGAUCGUAAAAUAUGUUCCAGGUGGUCCGGAUUAUUCGUCCUGCUGGACCUUAAGGUACAAUGUUGUUCGGUUAUUUUGUUUGCCAAAAAUCACCGUAAAAGCGUGAAGGCAUUUGAAAUGUACCCUCAUCUUGCUAAAUACUUUUGUCCACGAAGUCUGUGUGUACUGAAGAAGAGUGGACAACAGAGUAACAAUGGAUUUCAGACAAAAAAUCAACAUAUUCGAUAGAAGGAUCGCUCUGCUGAAGCCGUUUGCAGAGAAGUGAGCUUGCCUGCUCGGUAGUUCAACAAUUACCAUUCUUUUCCUGUUUUGUUGCCCAAAAAUCACCGUAAAAGCGUGAGAGCGUUUCUGUUCAGGUUGUAAUUUCGCUCAUGUUCAAAUUAAUCAAGUUUUCUCCGGGAAACUUCUCAUCGGAUGUUGUAUCAACUCUUCAUGAAGCUUCAGAUAUGCAUAA